GAAUCGGUAACUUCAACUACGCAACAAUUUCUUGUGCUUAAAAACUCACGUGUGAAGCGUGUUUGGUAAAGAUCGCGCGCAUCUCAUACUGUUUUUUAUUUUAUUUUUUGACAAUGUGUGUGAAGUAUUGUGAAUUGAUCUAAGUGAAUUUUUUUUUUCCUGCAAGAUGUUCACGCGAUUCGAUGCCAAUAAAUCAACAAAAGGAGCAAGCAAGUUGAGAAGGGAUCUAAUUAAUGCAGAAAUAGCAAAUUUACGUGAAUUAUUACCAUUACCUCCAUCCACGAGGCAAAGACUUUCUCAGCUACAGCUUAUGGCACUUGUGUGUGUUUACGUCAGAAAAGCUAAUUAUUUUCAACAAGCUUUCAAAUGCCAUGAUGUAGGAUUACACCAAACGCCAACACCUAAUAUCGGAUUCUCUAAGGCGUUAAGCGGUUUUCUAAUGAUGAUGACACAAAAUGGAAAAUUAUUGUAUAUAUCGGAUAAUGCUGCAGAGUACCUGGGCCAUUCCAUGGAGGACCUUUUAAUUCAUGGAGAUAGUGUGUAUGAUAUAAUUGAUAAGCAAGAUCACCAAGCAAUCCAAUGUGAAUUGGGACGGCCAGUAAAUACAGGAUCCAACAAUAAUCCUAGUGAUGAAAUUCGGCUGUUUUUAUGUAGAAUGAAUGUUUCUAGGAAUGCUAGGCGACAAAUGAGAUUUGGAGACCAAAAGGUAGUAUUAGUUCAAGGAAGGUAUCUUUCCUUUCUACCACUAUGUAGCCGCAACGAACCAGUAUUUUUAGCUACGUGUACCCCAGUUGCAAUGCCUGAAACCAGAGAGUGUGUCGUUCAGGGUGCCACCAACGUAUUUACAUCCAUUCAUUCCAUGGACAUGCGGUUUAUCCAUAUCGAUACCAACGGCGAAUUCUACCUGGGCUUUCCGCGCUCUGAUCUGCAGGGGGUGUCCUGGUACCGGCUGCUGCACUGGGAAUGCACGCGUGAGGCCCAAACCAAACAUCGACUCAUUACCCAAUCGGAACAAGAACGUUCUUGCAUCUUACUGGCCCAGUUCCAAAGACGCACAGGCGAAUGGAUUUGGAUGCACUGCGUCCUACAAGUUAAGGACAGCUCUGAAAGUAAUCAGCAACCCGUAAUUGUAUGUACUAACCAAGUACUUAGUGAAGCGGAAGCAGCUGUUAUGAAAACGAAUAGUUGGCUUUAUCAUUAUUACUCAGUACAGAAUAAACUGCAAUAUGGUCUCACUUACGACGUAGGUCCAUCUUCACGUUUGCUGUACUAUCCUGAGCAUACACCAACUCCUGAAUAUGCCACAGCACAUGACACGACUGGCUAUACGCAUAUAACCGCAAUGCCUAAUACGUUACAAACGCAUUUAACGCAUCAUCCGGCAGCCACGCAUGCACAUCACAACCAACACCAUCACCAUCAUCGACGGGCUGAUUCAGAACCAGUAGAUUAUUCGUACAGUAAAAGAAAACCCAAAGAAUUACGGAAUUUACAAUUAGAAGUUGCAGAUCAUGAGAUUACAGACAACGAGGGGGGUAGUAGUGGCCUUUUAGUGAUAUCACAUUUGACAGAAAGGCCAAGAACCCUGCUUAAAGUCGACCCUAGUGAAUUAAUGGAUCAAUGGAAUCCUAGUCCACCUUGGUCCGAUACCUUACAAAAAGUUCCAGAUUUAUGUCACCAAGAACUAAGUCCAUACAUAGGUAGUACUCCACCAACUCCUACAGCUACUCCAAGUACCCAAGCUAGUGCUUUUUCUUUUGACUGGAUGCCAGAACAAUACGUACCAUCAAUGGCAUCAGUAGCAUCGUUAGAAGACGGGGAUAGGCCAAUAUAUUGGCCGAGUGAACAUAGACUCUUCCCUCUUCAGCCUCCACCAAAGAGGAGCCACGGUCCAGGAAGGUCAGAGUCCGGUGAUAGGAACACGCCUUAACCUUGUGAUAAAUAGUAAAAUUUUGCUUCGUGCAAUACAAUUUAGGUUUAUUUUAUUUAUUGUUAGACUAGUUGAAUUUUAAAUUUUGUUUUUAAUGUAUACAAAUGAUAAUUGUCCUGUUCCGUCCACUAUUUGGUAGUACUUACUAAUGUUUAAGUACAAAGAAUUAACAGGAUCUCAAUAGUAUAAGCAUACAAUGUGUCAAUCGAAUUAGCCUUACAAAUAUUUUUUUUUAAUUAAUAACAGGAAUAAAAACGAUUAUUUACUAGUUAAAAUGUUAUAUGAUUAUUUCUAAAUUAGAGCUGAGCUGAGCAUUUCAAAACUUCCACUAUUAACCUGGCCAGUGGUAAUGAUGCCAUAGAUUAAUUAUUUGUUCCAAAAUAUUUUACUUCAUAUAUCGGCGCCAUAUUCGA